AUGGCGGAGGAGGGAGCCGUGACGGUCUGCGUGCGUGUGCGGCCGCUCAUCGCCAGAGAAAAUGCUCUAGAAGAUAAACUGUCACUCCACUGGAAAAGCGAAAAUAAUACCAUUUCCGAGGUGAAUGGUACAAAAGUAUUCAGUUACGAUCGUGUCUUUCACUCAAGUGACAACACUCAGCAGUUAUAUGAAGGUGUAGCUGUUCCAAUUAUACAGUCAGCUGUGCAAGGUUAUAAUGGCACAAUUUUUGCUUAUGGACAGACUGCUUCAGGGAAGACAUACACAAUGAUGGGAAAUGAAGAUUCUGUGGGCAUUAUCCCUAAGGCAAUUCAACAUGUUUUCAAAAUUAUUUGUGAGAUUCCAGAUAGAGAAUUCUUGCUAAGGGUUUCUUACAUGGAAAUCUACAAUGAAACCAUUACAGAUUUACUUUGUGAUAUCAGGAAAAAGAAGCCUCUGGGAAUUCGUGAGGAUGUUAAUAGGAAUACGUAUGUAGAAGAUCUGAUUGAAGAGGUGGUGGUUGCCCCAGAACAAGUUAUGGAAUGGAUCAGAAAAGGAGAAAAAAAUCGCCAUUAUGGAGAAACAAAAAUGAAUGAACACAGCAGCCGUUCUCACACUAUCUUCAGAAUGAUCAUUGAAAGCAGAGAACGAAGUGACCCUGCAAAUGCAAACUGUGAUGGAGCAGUGAUGGUAUCUCACUUGAACUUGGUAGAUCUGGCAGGCAGUGAAAGAGCUAGUCAAACAGGAUCUGAAGGUGUCCGACUGAAAGAAGGCUGCAAUAUAAACCGGAGCUUGUUCAUUCUGGGUCAAGUUAUCAAAAAACUUUGUGAUGACCCUUCUGGCUUUAUAAAUUACAGAGACAGCAAGCUGACUCGAAUUCUGCAGAACUCCCUUGGAGGAAAUGCUAAGACGGUUAUUAUUUGUACAAUUACUCCUGUUUCUUUUGAUGAAACGCUCAGUACUCUUCAGUUUGCUAAUACAGCCAAAAGAAUGAAGAAUACUCCGAAAGUCAAUGAAGUACUUGAUGAUGAUGCCCUCCUGAAGAGAUAUCGCAAAGAAAUUCUGGAUUUGAAAAAGCAACUGGAGGAAGUGUCUUCAAAGACUCAAAUUCAUGCAAUGGAAAAAGACCAAUUGGCCCAGCUGUUGGAAGAAAAAAAUUCUCUUCAAAAAGUACAGGAAGACAGGAUACGAAACUUAACUGAGAUGCUAGUGACUUCUGCCUCCUUUUCCUCAAAACAGAAUGCUAAAGCCAAGAGAAGAAGAAGAGUUACUUGGGCUCCUGGUAAAAUAAACCAGGCAAAUGUGAGCUAUUUUGAAGACUUUGAAAAACCAAUGCUGACUGAAACAAAAAAAAUGAAAAUGUCUCUGUCGGCACUACCAGACAUAGAGGAUUCUAUCUUAGAGAAUUCUGAACAUGACAACCAAUGUCUGAUGGUUCCUGAUCAAAUUUUGGAUGUAGAAUGGACUGCUGGACCUAACAUGAAUUGGACUCAGAGAGACUUUGAAGAAUCUGUGCAACUCUGUGAAGCGUUAGCACUAGAAAAGGAUAUUGCUGUAAAUGAGGUCAAUGUCCUGCAAGCUAACUUUAAUAACCUAGUAUUGGAAAAUGAGCAGCUGAAAUUAGAAAUAAAUGAAAUGAAGGAGAAACUGAAUGAAAAAAUAGAAAUGGAUGAAUUUGAAGCACUGGAAAAACAAACACAAAAAGAUCAUGAGGCAGAAAUAAACUCCAAACUGGAACAGCUGAAAGAGAAAGAGAACAAAAUAAAGAUACUACAGAAUCGUGUGGAAGAAUUACAGAAAGCAGGAGCAGAAAAAAAAGACAUAUCUUUUUCAGUGGGAGAUCCUGAGAAGCUAAUUGAGGAAAUUCAGCAGCUGAAUAAAUCCCUCUUAGAUAGUGAAACCAUAGCCUUGGAUGCCAAAAAAGAAUCUGCUUUUCUCCGAACUGAAAAUUUGGAACUGAAGGAGAAGAUGAAUGAACUCUUAAAUAAUUACAAGCAAAUGCAAAAGGAUGUACAAUUCUAUCAAAACCAAAUAGAAGCUGGAAAAGCCAGUUACAAAAAAAUGCAAGCUGACUUGCAGAAAGAGUUGCAGUCUGUAUUUCAAGAAAACACAAGGCUAACUUUGCUGAUGGAGGGUAAAGUUCCAAAAGAUCUGCUCUCUCUUGUGGAGCUGGAAAAAAAGGCAGCUGACUUAAAAGGAGAACUAGAAAAAGCAUUGAAAGAGAAUGCACUUCUACAAAAACAAGUAGAUGAGAUGUCAGAAUUUCAGUCUCUACCAAAUACUGUUGAGAUACAGCAGAAAGAGAUUCUUGAAAAAUGUGAGGAGCUACGCUUAUUAAAAUUGGAAAGAGAAAAGCUGCUUUCUGAAGUAGCUGAUCAUGAAAUUAGACUUAAACAUAUGACUGAAGAAAUUGGAAAAUCAAAAGACGAUCUAGCAGAUGCACAACUUAAAUAUGUAAAGUCUGAUCAGGAGUAUGUAGCACUUAAACAGCUCCAUGAAGAACUAAAGCAAAAAUAUGUAGCUGCAUCAGAAAACAAUGAACAAAUGAAGCUCCAAAUAGAUACUCUAUCUAAAGAAGCACAAGAGUCUAAAACAACUUUGGAUGAAGUGAAAUUAGAGCUCUCUAGCAAAAUGAAAGAACUGGAGGAAAAGACAGAGGAGCACAAACAACUUCUUGAGGUAAGAGAAGAUUUUAUUCGGACUCAGCAAAAGUUAAAUGAAAUGGAGCAAUUAAAAGAGCAAGAAAAGAUUAUGGAGUUGAGACUGGAGGCCAAGGAUUCGGAGAUCCAGGCAGUUCUUCAGCAGCUUACUGAAUGUCGGGAAGAAAUAAAAACUCUAACCGAGGAAAGAGAUUACCUGAAGCAAAAAGAGGAGUCUCUCCAAGCUGAGACAGACCAACUCAAAGAGGAUAUAAAGGACACUGUUUCAAUGAACAUUUUGGCACAUGAAGAACUGAGAAAUACACAGAGUUCUCUCAAGCAAUCCCAGGACACUGUCAAGAAUUUGGAAAAAAAUAUUUCUGAAAAAGAAUCUCAGAUUCUGAGUGUUGAAGAGACACUAGGGAAAACAAUUAAAGAACUCAAAACACGGAUAUCACAAAUGACAGAGGAAAUAAAAACCGUCACGUCAGAGAGAGACCAGCUUGCUGAGGAAAAAUCAGAAAAUAAUAACGGUAGAGAAAGUGAUCAGCUUCAGGUGCUAAAGGAACAAAUCUUUUUCCUUACACAAGAGAACAAUUCAUUGCAGGAUAAGCUGGACAGUUUACGUUUGAAAAAAGAAGAGUAUGGAGAUGGAACUUUGAUACCACAGAUUCAAGAAAAAUCUGUUGAGCAAGAAUUACUUCUUCUGAGAGAAGAACUGAGCCAGGCACAAAGGAAAUUGCGUGAAAUGGAGGAAAUGAAGGCCAAUGAAUGUCAAAGAGAAUCUGAAAAAAUGGAGAGAAAUGAUUUUAUUCCAAAAUUGCAUGUCUGUCAGGACGUGAGCACUCUGACAGAAAGAGGAGAUGAUGAUCUUAAAAUGCAACUGCAGAAUCUCCAAAAUGAGAGAGACCAGCUAAGAGAAACUCUACAGGAGACAAUUGGCAUGAAUUCAGAGAUGCAGGAAGAGUUGAGAUGUGCUCGUAACUCUCUUGGACAAUAUCAGGAGACUAUUGUGGAACUGAAAGGAAGUAUUUCAGAGAAAGAAAAUCAACUCUUGAAAGCACAAGAGGCAUUGAAGAAAACAACUGAUGAACUGCAGCAGAAGCUCACUGAAGUAACUGAAAACCUGACUCACGUCUCUUCUGAAUAUGACAAGCUACUGACAGAAAAAGAACAAACUGAAAGAACAAUGAAUGAGCAUAUCUGUCAGCAGCUUGAGAAAAUCACUUUACUUAAUCAGGAGAAAGAUGAGCUACAGCACAUGGUAGAGACGUGUAAAGCAGAAAGAGAUCGGUUAGAGGCUGACUGUCGGGAAAGCAAGGAGAGAUCCUUAAAAGUUCUGACAGAAAUGGAAAAUCUACAGGAAGAGCUAAGGCGUCAGAAAGAGCAAGCUGAUAUCCAGAAGAACAUGCUAGCAAAUGAAGAAGAGAAAUUGCAAAACGUUGAAGAAAAACUAAAUGAAGAAAUAAACAAACUGAAAGAAAAGGCAAUCCAGUUGAACGAGGACUUACAUUUGGUAACUAAGGAAAAGUACCAGCUACUGGGAGAACUAAAAGAAAAGACUGAGAGUGAAAGCGGUAAACUUCAGCAGCUGGAGCAACAGUGUGAUUUGUUAGCACAGGAGAGAGAUCAGCUCCAAGAAAUGCUGGAAGGUAUUCAAGCAGAGAAGAACAAACUGGAGAUUAACCUACAGGAGAGUGUUGAUAAGAUUCUUGAAACCGAAAAGGAAUUGAAGUGGCAACAAGAACUCCUCAGCAAUGAGAAGAUCAAAGCUGAAGAAAGGGAAGAAAAUUUGCUAAAAGUUCAGAGGCGGUCAGAGAUUUUGGAGGACAGCCUAACAAACAAGAUUCAACAGUUAACUGAGAUGCUAAAUAGCAUAUCGUGUGAAAAAGACCAGUUAUUGGCUGAAAGAACUAGCCACUCACUACAAAAACUUCUCCAGGAUGUCACAUCUGAGCGGGACCAGCUCAAGGCAGAAUUGCAAAAAAAUUCUGAGAUGUGUGGUGAAACAAAUGCAAAACUGGAAUGUGCUCUAGACCAACUAAAGCAGAGAAACCUGAAUGAUAUGUCCAUUCAGGUGAACCCACUGGAUAAUGCAGAGCAGAUGGCUGAUGAUAGCCUGAAGGAAAAAACCUUGAAAAUUAAGGAACUUCUUGAGAAAUUCCCAAAUAUGGGGAAGAGGUAUGAACGUCUCUCUACAAUGUCUCUUAAUCUAAAGAAUCAACUGAAUAGUCAGAAAGCACUGAUAGCUGUGAUACUGACUCAGCUUUCAUCGGAACAGAGUAAACAAGUCAAAAGACUUCAAACUGAAAAUGAGAAAAUAAACAGUCAUCUGCAGAGUUUAUUGAACAAACUAAAGUUCCUGUUUGGUCGUGUUUGCUCGAAGAAAAGAGAAUAUCAUACUACUGUUAACAAGUAUGAAAUGGAAUCGCUUGAGGAAAAGAGAAAACAAGAUCAGCUACGAGCUCAGAUUCAGUGUCUCAAGAAGACUUAUUUGAACCAGAAUGAAAUAUCGUCUCAAGAGUUAAACAUCAGUGAAGUGCUGCAGAGUUUGCACUCGGAUGCAGAGAACAUUCUCAAAGAUGUAUCAGAAAUGGAAAGCGAACUUCUCUGCAUAGAGGCAGAGUUGCAGCAAGAAGAAAGUGCUAGAAAAGAAACAGCACAGUUCUGGGAAGCUUGUUCAGGAACUCACUGCGAUGCAGAGGAACUUAAAGAAGAGUUAAAGAAAGAUAAUGAAAGGCUUUUGCAAGUCAUUAACUUCUGGACUCCUAAAGUAAAGACACUCCUUCAACUUUCUUCAGAGCUGGAUACCAGAACUGCCAAUUAUUGUAAAAAUGCUGAUGUUGAAUCAAAACAGAGAAAAGAGAAAAGUGAAGAGUUGCUUCAGGAACUAAACACUCUUAGAGAACAGCUGGCCCCUGGUGGCUCUGCCAGUCUUGCGUUAGAAGAAGAGAACUAUAGGCUUCAUAACAAAUUAAAGACUGCAGAACAAGAUAUAAAGGCUAUGGAAGUAAAAAUUCAGAAGCUGGAAAAUGUAAUAAAUGAAGUAGGAAAAAAUGUCAAAGAGAAAGAUGACAGGAUAAACAAGUUACAAGCACAGAUAAGAAUAAAAACAGAGACAAGUGAGCUCACCCAACUGCAAGCCAAACUGAAUGAGAGAGAGAAGUGCCUCAGUACUGCCUUAACAGAGAAUCAGAGUCUUCAGGCAAAAUUAGAUAAAGGUGCUGAGUUGUACAGAGAAGAAAUUGAUCAUCUCAAAACACAAUUGGUAAAAUAUGAUAUGGAAAGAAUGAAACAAUCCAACUCUUUUGAGAUGAAACUGGCUAAUUAUAAAGCUCUUGCAGAACACCAAGAACAACAGUUAAGAAAACUAAAAGAAGAACUUAGAAGAGCACAGCAAGAGCAAGAUGUUACUGUCAUGCUGGAAAAAGAAGCUCCUCAGCAAUCCCAAAUACCCCUUACUUGUGGUGGUGGCAGUGGUAUUGUGCAGAGCACACAAAUACUUGUUCUAAAGUCUGAACAAGCUAAGCUACAGAAAGAGAACUUGCACCUGAAGAAACAAAAUGACCUUCUGCUAAGUAAUGAGCUUCAACUGAAAGAGGAACUUAGAAAAUGGAAAGAAAGAGCACUAAAAUGGAAAGAACGAUCCUCGAGAGAAGCCACUCGAGAGACAGUACCAAGGUCUCCAAGGAAGACAGUGCCAUAUUCCCUUAAAGAGCAAAUGCCUUCACCCUCCAAGGAACCUAUUUCUCAGGAAAUUGUGACUCAGGACAUAUCAAAGCCUCUGCCACUGACUUGUCCGACAAAUUUCUUUGAUAAUUCCAGCUUGGGUACACUAACAGAUAUGCGACCUGCGGGAAUAGAGCCCACAGAAGAGCAUCUUAAGCAGUGGUUUGGAACUUCAGAGAAAGAUAAAGCCCCCGAUUGUACCACCCAAUAAAGGUGCUCUGUUGUAAGCUGCCUUUGCAGUGGCUACAGCCAG